AUGUGGAAACCCACUGUACUGCUUGCCGCUGCGCUGGCCGUGCCCGCCCAUGCCUUGCACUUCUUCAUGGAUGGCCCGGUCCAAAAGUGCUUCUACGAGGAAUUGCCCAAGGACACAUUGGUAGUUGGCCACUACCACGCCGAAGCCUGGGACGACGCAACCAAAACCUACCAGACCAAAGCCAGCGACAACGUCUUCGUCACGGUGGAAGAAACCUUUGACAACAACCACCGCAUCGUCGCCCAGCGUGGCUCCGCAAAGGGCAAGUUCACCUUCAGCGCCGCAGACGGCGGCCAGCACCGCAUCUGCGUGACGCCGCAGAAUGUGCCCAGCGGCGGGGGCUGGCUGAGCAGCGGUGUACACGGCACCGUUCGUUUUACGCUGGACAUGGCGAUUGGCGAGACGAGUCGCAUCCAGAGCGCGGACAAGGACAAGGUGGAGACGUUGGUGGAGAAGGUCAAGGACUUGAACUCGCGGUUGCAGGAUAUCAGGAGAGAGCAGGUGUUUCAGCGGGAACGUGAAGCGGAAUUCCGCGACCAGUCUGAACACACCAACUCUCGCGUCGUGCGCUGGACCAUGAUUCAACUCGUUAUUCUGGGUGUGACUUGCGCGUGGCAGCUAUCGCACUUGCGCGCCUUCUUCAUCAAGCAGAAGCUCACUUGA